AUGGAACUGAUUUUUCUUGUUGCAAUUUGUGCACUAACGGCGCUAUUGAAACAACGAUUGGGAAAACAACUAAAAACCAACGUUACUUUCUUAAAUUUAUUUAGACUACUAUUUCACGUUUUUGUCUGUGCGCACCAUCUUUACGUUAUGGUUUAUUUGGCAAAAAUGGACAAAUCUAAAAUAACGGAUCCAGCAGCGAAAAUGAUGUUAACUUACGCUCCAGUUUAUUUUACCCCGUGGAACUUUGCUACCCAAGGAAUAUACUUUUCCUUAUCUGUACUUUACGACCUAUUAAAAGUACUAUCAGUAUCGCCAACAAAAUUACAGAGAACAUUGAACAAUUGUUUAAAUCAUAUUUACACCGGAGGAAUUUUCCCUUUCUCUAUAUUGGUUUUUACGAUGUUUUGGGGACUAUACGUAAUCGAACCAGAAUUCGUGUUUCCAAAAUCCUGCGAAGAAACCUUCCCGUCCUGGCUAAAUCAUUCGUUGCAUUCUUGGAUUCUGAUUUUUGCGUUUGUAGAAACCAGCUUGGUAAUUCGCUACCCCAAAAAACCAAAAAUUUCAAUUCGUGGAUUUAACAUUACCUUCUCUAUUUAUCACAUAUUAUUUGUGUCCUCGAGGUUCUUCAUAGGAUAUUGGGUUUAUCCAUUGUUUAAUCUCCUGACACAUUUUCAAGUAUUUGUAUUCAUUUGGUUGUAUUAUUUUUAUAUGCGUUUCUUACUUUCAUUAGGUCUUCAAAUAGAGAAAUUGAAAUACUCAUUCGUAAAAUAUAGGGACUAA